GGCACCCGGCCAUCCCCCUUCAGCUAAAACCCAAUCUCCGAUAAACUACUAAUAGCUAAACCACUUGGACUAUAAAACACAACAAAUCAUAAAGCCAGGAAGGACUACAGCCUCCUCCCAAUGAGUUCCUAUUUUGUCAACUCCACUUUCCCGGUAACUCUGCCUGGUGGGCAGGAACCCUUCCUAGGACAGAUCCCGUUAUAUUCCUCAAGCUAUGCGGAUCCUCUAAGACAUUAUUCUGCCAGCUAUGGGGCCUCUGGAGUCCAGGAAAAGGGAUAUGCUUCAUCCUCUUACUACCAGCAGGCAAAUGGGGCAUACAGCCGGACAGCCGCCUGUGACUAUGGCGCAGCUGGAUUUUUUAGGGACAAGGAAGCUUCCUGCGCGAUGUCCUCCCUGGAUGAGCAGUCUCAAUAUAACCAUGAGCAGCGCAAACCAGACUGUGCGCACAGCAAGUUGCUCUACGAAGAUCCGGACGACGCAAAAUGUUCCACCCCAGUAUACCCCUGGAUGCAGAGGAUGAAUUCCUGUAACAGUUCGGCUUUUGGGCCCAGUGGGCGAAGAGGGCGACAAACCUACACCAGAUACCAGACUCUGGAGCUGGAGAAAGAAUUUCACUUUAACCGCUACUUGACCAGAAGACGCAGAAUAGAGAUUGCGCACUCCCUGUGCCUGACUGAGCGUCAGAUCAAGAUCUGGUUCCAGAACAGGAGGAUGAAGUGGAAAAAGGAGAGUAAAUUACUUAACUCUUCCCUGCCGAGUGGAGGAGAGGACGAGAAAGCCGCAGAAUGACGCACAUAGCGCCACUUAAUGCGCCACAAUCCUUGUAUCUUGAAUAAAUUAUUGUUGCACACAGGACUGGUGAAGAAGAAAAGCUAGGAAAAGCUAGUGACUCAGAAUAUCUGUAUUAUAACUACCUACAUGUCUGACUCUUAUCGGUUUGCAAUACUGGAU